GUAAUUCGCAGCAGAUGACCACUUGGGGGGAUGCAGGAUUGCUGGAGAGGUGAGCGCGCAAACUUGGACAGUAUCAGCGCACACUGCACCAGCGAGUUUGUUCUGCGUAAUGGACACGUGUGCUUGAUGCGCACGGCGCUUCUCGGAGCAAAGGGUGAAUAAUGGAGGAGUCCGGCGCGAGAGUGGAGACGGGCGGUUACACCUGAACGCCACAUCGCCCUCUUGGCUGUGCCAACUGCACCGCGGGGAUGGAUACCUGGAAAUUGCAGGCGGGCGUAUGUUUUCUUCUGCUCUGGCUGGACUGUUUGAUUUCAGCUUCACCGGGGACGAGCUUUUGUCCCGAUCGCUGUGACUGUCAGCACCCGCAGCACCUAAUGUGCACAAACCGCGGUUUGCGCACGGUGCCAAAACCAACAGCGCGGGUGCCUGAAGAUGUCUUGGUCUUCAGCCUCGGGGGCAACUUCAUUGGUAACAUCUCUGCCUUCGACUUCACACGGUACAGUAAUCUGAUCAGGCUGAAUCUGCAGUACAAUCAAAUCCAAAUCAUUCACCCCAAAGCAUUUGAGAAACUAUCCAAGUUGGAGGAGUUGUAUUUGGGGCAUAAUCUUUUAUCAACUAUAUCCGCUGGAACUUUACAGCCCCUGAAGAAAUUAACUGUCCUCUACAGCAAUAACAAUAAUAUCAAGAAAAUCACAUCGGAGCUCUUUGCCAACUUGGAAAGUCUUGUGAAAUUACGCCUGGACGGAAAUGCAAUAGAACUUCUGCAGGACUCGGUUUUUAAAAGUUUAACCAACUUGCAUCAUCUCCAUUUGGAAUCAAACCGGCUGCAGCACGUUCACAGAAAUGCUUUCUCCAAGCUCACCAGCCUCCGCUUUCUCAACCUGGCCCAUAACAAGCAGACAGCCGUGCGUAAUGUGCUCACUUUUGCCCAACUCAAAGCUUUGACAACUUUGCUUCUAUCUGAAAAUGAAAUUCAGUACAUCGGAUCACACGUCUUCCAGAACCUGAAAAAGCUAUCCACUCUCUCCCUCAGCAAUAAUAGGAUUUCACAUCUGGACAGCGAGGCUCUGAAGGGGUUGUCCAGCCUCAGGGAGCUUUUGAUCGACGGGAACAACCUGGAGGAAAUCCCCGCCGGUCUCCUAGAUCCUUUAGAGCGCAUCGAGCAGCUGGACUUUAGCCACAAUCGGAUUUCCAACGUGGAUUCUUUGGCUUUUUCUCAACUCAAACACCUGAGGGUGCUGAAACUGAAGAACAACUUGCUCACCAGCUUGUCUGGUGACAUUUUCAGACUCAACAGCGCGCUUUACGACCUGGACCUCUAUGGCAAUAACUGGACGUGCGACUGUCGCCUGAGGGAGCUGAAGACAUGGAUGAUUGCUGCACAUUCUCAGGGCAAACUGUUGACUGUUUUUGUUCAGUGUCAUCACCCGGUAACACUGAGGGGUAAAUAUCUGGAUUACGUGAACAGUUCCCUGCUGCAACCUCAGGGGAACUUAACCCACUUUUGUGGGAGCCAAAUUGAGACUGAGGACAACCAAGAAGGAGGUGUACUCGUAAAAACUGGGAAUAGUGGGAGAAGUGAGGGAGAUGCAAUGCUGCAGUUGGAGAAAGAGUGGAGAGAUGAUGAUGAUGAAGAAGAAGGCCAGGUGGAGGAAGGUGGGAGGAAGAAUGGACAGGUGCAAGAGGGUGAAGGUGCCAGAUUGGGCAGGACGAAAAAGGGUAAUGGGGAUGAUGAAGAUGUGAGAAUCCAGGGAGAUCAGGAAGAGCCAGAAGUGGGAGGACCUUCUCCUUCACUGGAGACAGAUAAAGAAAAGACAGAGUCACUAAGCCCAAGGUUAGCAGCUGGGAAACGUGCCAAAGGGAGACGAAGAUCAAAUGUUAUGUACAUAAGAGGCCCACCAGCCACUUCUACAACAAGUCCUGCUGGAAACCAGGACUCUGAGCCACACACAGGACUUGUCACUGCUUCUCCUGUGCAGCCAGAUGAAAAGUUUGAUCUUCUGAGUGCCGGAAAGGAUGAUGUGUUACCUGUAAUCGCAGAUCCCUGUGUCUUCAACCACCAUUUUAUUACCAAUGUAUCAGUGGACCAAAUCACAUCCAGCACCGCCACGGUGCAUUGGACCGCCAAGGAGCACCAUCGCUACACACCAGGACCUGGAUCAGGACGAGAUGAAGUUCACUACCGGAUUCUGUUUGACCGGUUUGGAACACUGGAUCGCUUCCCCCGCUAUGUUUACGCCAGCGGCAUAGCUCGCUCAGUGACCCUUCGGGAACUCAGCUCGGAAGUGACCUACAUGGUGUGCGUGGAAGGAGUCGUGGGCAGAUCCGUGUGUCAGGUCGCGCCUCGUGACCACUGUGCUGGAUUGGUCACUCUCCCCCAAGGAUUCAGCCGUGGAAGCAUGCUGACCUCUGACCUUCAGCUGGUGACGGUGGCAACGCUUGCUGGGAAUGCUGUACUCUUGCUCGUCAUCGGCGGGGUCUGGCUCGGGCGAAGCUUGAGACGGAGGAUGCAGAGGAGGAAGUCGGCUGUACACGUGAGGCACAUGUACUCCACCCGGCGAUCAUUUCGGCCCAGCAUGGCCGCCGCUGCAGUAUCCGCGGACUUUACAAGUUACCAGAGCAGUCGACCCGCACGGUUGGGGCCCUUAGAGGAAGGGGACCUCAUUGAGUUUCCCUGUGACCGCUUUCUGGACAACAGUUACAGUCGCAGAGACAGUGACAUGCAACGAUUCAACGACUAGAACCAAAAUUGUGUGAAUUCAUUGUGUUGCAUUUAAAUAGAAAGUAUGUCCUAUAUUAAAGACACGGAUGUGAGACUAAACCAUGAGUUUAGUCUCACAUUUUCAGAUGUGGAAUAAAGUGAAUAAACAGCAGUUGAAGUCAUCAGAGCCUUUCCAGACAGCAGAGGAAGUGACUUCCCUCUUCCCGUCUUAUGUCUUUCCAAUUUCAUUUCCUUGCACCUGCAAGAGACUUUUUAAAAAAUGUAAAUAAGUGCACAAGGUUGCACAUGAAUGAAUUUUCACUGAUUUCAGCUAUGGUGCUAAUGUUGUGUUCAUAGACAUCAUAAUAUGUUGUUGUACAGUGUGGAACAAUUUUGCUGCUGGUUGGCAGAAAAAAAAUAUUGUAUAUUUUAAUCACAUAUCACAUUUUAUAGUUUCUAUACCUUUGUUUCAUUUUGCAUUACAAGUAAAAUCCCCAAGAAUGUGA